AUGGCUCCUCUUUCGCUCUUUUUCUCGUCGCUCCUUUUCUCCGUUGCGCUCGGUGCGCCCGCCGCCUCCAGUGGCUCAAACCUGGGGAGAGAUCUUUCUCUCGUUCAAUCUUUCAAGCACAAGAUAACCGUCGACCCGUCAGGAGUCACCAAGAACUGGACCGGAAACAACGUCUGCAACUUCGACGGCUUCAGCUGUGCCAAGAACCCCAACACCGGAAACAACGCCCUGUCAGGGAUCGAUCUCAAUGGAUUCGGACUUGAGGGCAAGGGCCUGGUCCUCGAUGGCUUCCUCGACAAGCUGACCGACCUCACCUUCUUCCACGCCAACAGCAACGGCUUCACGGGAUCGCUUCCCAAGGACCUUUCGGCUCUCAAGUGGCUGUGGGAAAUUGACGUCAGCAACAACAAGCUUUCCGGACCUUUCCCAACUGGUGUCUUCGACCUCAACUUGACUUUCCUCGAUCUGCGUUUCAACGAGUUCUCCGGUCCCAUCCCGAAGGAGGCUUUCAACCUCGACCUCGAUGUCCUUUUCUUGAACGACAACAAGUUCUCGGGCAGCAUUCCUAGCAACGUUGGCUCUUCCCCUGUCAUCUAUUUGACGUUGGCCAACAACAAGCUCAACGGAUCCAUUCCCAAGAGCAUUGGAAACAUGAAGAACGUUCAGGAGAUUCUCCUGCUGGGCAACGACUUGUCCGGAUCGCUUCCUAAAGACUACAACAUCAAGAACCUUACCGUCUUUGACGCUAGCGAUAACAAGUUGUCCGGAUCGGUUCCCGAGGGACUGUGCAAGCUCGACACUCUGGGAGUCUUGAACCUCACCAGCAACAACUUCAGCGGAACUCUGGGACCGGCCUGCACUGCGCUGCUGAAGAACCACGUUCUUGAUGUCACCGACAACUGCAUUCAGGGUGUUAAGGGCCAGAAGCCCGCUAGCCACCCGGAGCCGAGCGCUGCUGCCGAGAUGCAAACUAUCAUCGGCCCCACCAACCGGCGUCGGCCCCGCUACCCCACGAUUUCCGAUCCCCGCAAUGUUCACUUUGUUCUGGGGUUGUCUAAGAUCGCAUUUGUCAUUGGAGUCGGAAACUUCGACCUAAAAGACAUGGCUGAUGUUGAACUUCUCAAGGCCGAACUCGCAAAGACCCAUAGACUGGGAAAGUUCAUCAAAGCCUGGGACCCGCAGGUAAUGGGCGUCAAGGAUGCCAAACCUCGUACCGUCACAGAUGGUCACAUCGUCUCCGAUAUGGAUGUUGCCAUCCCAGUUAGAGACGGCACAAUCCUGCGAGGCAACAUUUACCGGCCUCGUCACCUGGAGGGCACGAAACUGCCCGUGAUCUUCAACUACAGCGUCUACAGCAAAGACGGCGCCACCGACAUUGCAGUUUUCCCACCAAGUGCAGGCUUCGACAAAGCUCGCAUCACAAAAGACUACGAGUUUGAAGCGGCGGAUCCGGGAUGGUGGUGUCGUCACGGGUACAUUGUUGCCAGCAUAGAUGCCAGGGGUUGUUUUCAGUCGGAUGGCGACAAGAGUUACUACUCUCGAGAUGUCGGAAUCGAUGGAUACGAUCUUGUCGAAUGGCUUGCAAAGCAGAGUUGGUCAAAUGGCAAGGUUGCCUUGUAUGGAGCCAGUGGCUAUGCAAUGGUGCUUUGGCUCGUAGCAGCUGAACAACCUCCAUCCCUUGCGGCAAUCAUUCCAAUUGACGGCAUGACUGACAUGUAUCGCGAAAUGGCUUUGAAAGGCGGAAUUCCCGAAACCCAGUUCAGUGCCGUCUAUCCGUACUUCUUCAACUGGGGAAAGAAUUACGUCGAGGAUACGACGGAUGGGGCCAAGACGCACCCAUACUUCGAUGAGUACUGGCAAAGCAAGAUUCCAGCUCUCUCUCAAAUCACAGCCCCGGCAUAUAUCAUUUGCGGGUGGGGAGAUCAUGCUAUACACACACGUGGGACACUCAACGCUUGGGAGAAAAUCGCUUCUCAGGCCAAGUAUCUUGAGAUCCAUCAAUAUCAAAAAUGGGAGUGGUCGGUUACGGAAGAGUCGUUGGCCCGCCAGAAGGCUUUCCUCGAUCAUUAUCUGCUCGGGCUAUCGACAGAAAUUCAGUACUGGCCCAAAGUUCGUUACACCAUGAGGGAACGCUACUACACUGGGGAGUGGCGAUACAGUGACGCAUUCCCAAUUCCAGAAACCCAAUAUACGCAGUACUUCCUGACCCCAAGCUUUGGCUUGAGCAAGGUUGCUCAGCGCGCGGAGAGCCAAACAUCAUACGAUGCGAGCGAGGGUGAAGUUGCCUUCGAGCUUCCUCUUCGAAACUCCCUUGAGUUUGCAGGCCAUUCCAAGCUCAAAAUCUGGGUUGAAGUGACUGAUGGUGGCGACAACCUGGAUCUUUUCAUAACUCUGCGAAAAAAGGAUAAAGAUGGAAAUGAUGUGUACUUCCCAUGGAUCACAGUUGUCGAUACCGGCCCCAUUGGUUUCGGGUGGCUUCGAGCCUCUCGACGCGAGUUGGAUGAGACAGCCUCGACCCCUUGGAAACCAAUUCAUCUCCAUCGAAGAGAUCUGGAGCCUCUCAAAGCCGGAGAUGUGGUGCCUGUGGAGAUUGAGAUACAGCCCACGAGCUGUCGAUUCCGGGCGGGAGAGCGACUUAGCCUCGUAGUCUCUGGACACGACUACGGCAAGUACCCGCCAGGUGCUCCUAUCCCCAGGCAUAAUUCCACAAUUAACAAAGGACGCCAUGUCAUCCAUUUUGGCGGGAGAUACGACUCGCAUCUGUUGUUGCCCGUUAUACCACCGGUCAAGGAAGCGUAUAGCCAAAAGAGGCCCCUCGUCAAGAUGACCAUUGCCUGUAGACGGAUCCCCGGUUGGGCGGAAGACAAGUUUCUUGAGGAAUACACAAGCGUCCAUGCUGCAAUGACGAAGCAUAUCUCCGACGUGGUUCCCAUCCUCCGGAACUACACUCAGGCUGUUGCACUCCCUCAUUCCAGUAUUCCAGGCGUUCCGAACGGGGGUCUGGAGCCUUGGGACGCGGUGACGACCCUAGGUUGGACGUCAUUGAAAGGUCUCUGGGGCUCAUUCCAAGCUCCCGAGUACAAAGCUUCUGCUGGUAAACACGAAUUCGCAGACAUUUCAGCACAGACAGGCAUCCUCAGUCAAAGUUUUGCGGAGAGUCUGUUUGACCCCAUCCUCUUUGAGAAGCGUAAAAUCAAAGCAGCAUUGCUGCUGAUCUUCCUAGCAAAGUCUCAAGACGCAACCUACAUCGAAAACGACCUUACUAGUCGAGCAGCGUCCAUCACAGAACUCGGAGCCGGUACAUCUUUGAUGAGAUAUGUCCUCAACCGGGAAGUAACCCCCGAGGAUACUACCAGUUUCUUCGCCGGAACGCCUUUUGCCACUUCCGACUGGCACACGAUGGCGGCUUUCGAGCAGUACUGGUUCCCAGACCGAGCCUCCGCGGCAAAAUUCCUAAGCGAGAAGAACAAGCUUGAAACUCUUUUCAAGAAGUUGCCAAAGUCUUUUGACGCAGAGAAGUCUUUUGCGGUGAUCGGAGAUGAGAAUAUCGUGGUCAAGAAGGAUUUGGAGUUUUAG